AUGUUCAAAGAAAACACAUUUCACGCGGGAUCAGUGUUUGAGACGUGUGAUGUUGACGAUCCAGAUGAACCUGAUUUUGUUGUAAAUAAGUCUCAUGAAACACAGACCACGUUAAAUUUUGUUGCUGUUGAAACGAGUCCACGUUCGGGCAUCGAGGAAGAUUCAUUUGGUUCAUUCAGCGGAUCCCGUGCAUCAACACCUACAGCUACAUCCACAAGUGUUUCAUCAAAUACACAGUCUAUGUGCUUAAGGCAAAAAACCAUGUUCGAGUCGUUUUUGGACAUAAAAUCAUAUGACAGAUUUGGACAUAAGACACGCUCGAUAACUAAUGCGCUGACAUACAUGAUAGCAAAAGACAAUAUGCCAUUAUCAACCACCGAAAAAGAAGGAUUUAAAUAUUUUAUGCGAAAAGCAGAGCCCAUGUAUAAACUUCCUUCCAGGAAUACAACAACUAACUUAAUUAAAAGUAAAUAUGAAGUGUUAUCAAAUUUAAUUAAAUCCAAAAUCAGUGUGAUUGAUUAUUUAACAUUAACAUCAGACAUCUGGACUGAUACAAUCAACACAAAAAGUUUUCUGGGCAUUACUGUUCAUUAUUUUGAUUCAUCUAAAGUUGCCCUAGACAGUAUCACAAUAGGCGUACUAGAACUUUCUACCAACCAUCCCUCUGAAAAUAUUUCAAUUUGGUUUGAACAACUUCUUGCAGACUGGGGUAUAAAUAAAACUCAGGUUUUCACAGUAGUAACUGAUAAUGGGUCAAAUAUUUUGGGUGCAGUUAAAAAAACGUUUACUCCAGAAAAGCAUUUUCCGUGUUUUGCACACACGUUAAAUUUAGUGUCUGGACGAACGUUGGGAAAUCUUGCUGAUGUACAACAAGUUAUCAACAAAAUAAAGUUUGUUGUUACUUAUUUUAAACAUUCAGUAGUUGCUUGUGAUGAACUUAAGAAAUUGUGUAAUCUUAAGCUGAAGCAGUCCGUACCAACACGUUGGAAUUCUAUAUACUAUAUGAUUGAUAGAUUUAUUUCGUGUUCAAAUCAUAUAGCCUCUGUUUUAAUAAAUAUACGUGGGGGCCCUAUAAUGUUAACUGCAGAAGAAAUUGAUUUAGCAAAAGAAAUUGUAUUAGUGUUAAGGCCAAUGAAAGUGGCAACAAAAGAGCUGUGUGGCCAGAAAUAUGUAACAUGCAGCAAGGUAAUACCUUUAAUAAAUUGUCUUAUAAAAAAAACUGAAGGUAUUUUUCUUUUAAAUCCAAUCGCUUUAUCUUUAAAAAAUGGCCAUGUUAGAGAAUCUAGAUAUUAG